UGUCCAACUUUCGACUUGAGUUUUUAAAUUCUUGUCUCAUUCAACUCGUAUUAGAUUUAUCGUUUGCCCUUUUGAUUCUGUUUCUUUUUCUUUUUUUACUAAUUUCGCUGUUUUCUCUAAUGUUUUAUUUAACGAUGGUGGCAUUGUAAUAGUAAUUACGGCGAAAGAUUCAACAUAAUUUUCAACAUGCAAUCACGAUGUAUAACCUCGCUUUUCAUCAACCUUUUGGAUAAGAGUCCAAAAAGCUUGUGGAAGAUCGAACGGUGUCAAUUUCACGCAACUCCAACAGCGUAUCGAAAGAAGAAUAAAAAGGGUAAAGGAGAUGACGGGCCAAAAAUAAUAAAACCGAUCUGCGAGAAAUUACCUAAACCAAUUCUGGAGCCUUCGUGUAAGAACGCUAUAGUGAUCGGUGGGUCUGAAGGUUUUGGUUUUGCAGCGGCUGAUCAUCUCCUGUGUAAAGGAGCGCGCGUCGUCGUAGUAGCUGACGAUGAUCCUAUUGAGGGAAAAAUUGCAGUAAAAAAGUUAUGCGAUUCUUACGGAAAAAAUCGCGCUCUGUUUGUUCAUUAUGACGUUAAAAGUGAUUGUCACGUUCAAGCUGGUUUGGCAAACGCUCUCUGCAAGCUUAAAGUGGUUCACAUCCUUUUCAACAAUCUCGAUAAAGAACGACCACCAUUAAAGUGUCCAACGUCGACUUCGAAACAGAACGCUACAACUAAAACGAUUCAAAUAGGAUUGGAGCUUUUAGGAAAGGAUCAAGCUGGCUCGAACGGGAUAAUAAUAAAUUGCGCGAGUAUUUUUGGUUUCAUGGGAUGGCCUGAAGAUCCCUUUCCGGUUUAUUGCAACAAAGAACCAGCUAUAGAAGUGACGAGAGAUUUCGCGAAAAAUUAUAAAGGAGAAGAAAAAGAUGUUCGUGUUGUGGCCCUUUGUCCAACGACCAAAUGUUUCUCCAAUAUUGGAUUACCAGAUUUCCCAGAACCUAUUCCAAAUAAAAUAAUGAACGAAAUGCCAAUUUGUAUACCGCAUUCCAAGUAUCACAUAGGAACUGCUUUGAGCUACAUACUAGCGUGGGCAAAGAACGGAAGUGCAUGGCUCGUAGAACCAGCAAUCAGUGUCCAUCAAAUUCCUCGAUUAAUUCACUUCCCGGAGAAAGAAGGUGGACAAGUCGACCCUAAAGUCUAUCAGGCACAACCUUGUCCAGUGAAGAUAGAACCACCAUGCGUCGAACCUAAGGUGUGUGUACCCAGCCAAAAACAAAUGUGUGCAAAAAAGAAAUGGAAAGAUGAUGAAAAAAAGUGAUCUCUUCCAACAACCUUCGCGUACGCAGUUGUGCACGGGACUUUAAGCUCGCACAACCCUCGCUUACUAUAGACGGAAGAUAAGAGUUAGAUUUCAUUUGGAUUUGAACAAUCAAUACCGACCUAUGCGCUGCCACGGACGCACAACUACGAGGGUUGUCCAAAAAGUACUACCCGUUUACAUCCAGAAGCCAUGUAAAACGACGAAAUGCACUUACAAAAGGUCAUGCAGCUUCGUUCUCGUAUUGACGUGAGUCAUACAAAAUUUUCUGUUUAAAUAUUGAAUAUCGUCGUUGUAUCAGCCGUUUAAAACGACAAUGCGAACUAAAAAUGCCGCCGGUGACGUUUUUAUGCUUCUGUAAAGGAAUUCUUGUAAAAAGAAUUCAUCGUCGAUUUACAGCAGUUAACGGUGACAGAGCUAUAGAUGUUUGAAUUAUUAUGGAUGGAUGAAUUAUUGAAUUCAAUCCGGACAAAAAAAUUGUACGCGAUAUGUAAGUUCAAAAAGGUCUCGUUGCAAAUGAUAUUCAUUGCAGUUUUUUGCAAAAUUUCAAGAGUCAAACUUGACCGAUAAUGUUGCGCAAAAUAAGAAACGGUUUGGACGAUUGCGUAAGAGUAUGGUUAAUAAUUUCCAUUAUAUCAUUUCGAGAUAAAAAUAAUAAUAAAAGUAUGCCGAACUGUCUACGGAAACGUGUGACGAAGGCACAGAGAAACUCGUAUUAUUAUCGUUACGAUGAAUGUUCAAGUAGAGCCGAUGGUUGUAUUGAGAAAUAACUUGUCACGCAUGCCAAAGUUACAAAUCAAGAAAUCUUCUUAAAACGUAUUUGUACGCUUGUUAUUUCAAAACGGGUAUUACUUUCUUCACGACCUUCGUACAAGAAGAGUACAUUGUUACGAAUAUCUCGUAAACUAAGGUCGAUCGUUGGUUAUAUGUAUAGGAAAAAGAUUUACAAAUGUUGAACAACAAAAUCAUCGACAGUUUUGCCAUUAACACGAUACGACUGACGUGUAUAAACGAUUCUUCGAUGACAUCGAGUAUUAAUAA